GAACCUUAUGCAUUUGUACCCGAUCUAACAUGGCUCAGUAAUCAUAAAAAAACAAAAAAAUAUACCAAAAAAUUAUUGGUCAGGACCAAUAUCAGCACACUUGUUAGUAAUCAACCAUCUAAACAUACCAGGGAAAUUGUAGAUAUUGAAAAUGAAAGAGAG